CACAAUUCAUAACUAAUUCUUGAUUCUUCUCCUCUUUAAGUGACAAAGAAGAAUCAAAUGGACAAUAUUGAUUGGGGCAAUGAGCUUCAACAAAGCUUGAUAAUGUCAAGCACAAACAACCCUCUCUGCGGCGGUUGGGAUGUCGCCGUCAAUGCAGGAUCGGCAGCCAACACCGCCUCAUUCGAGUCCCUCGACUGCCUCACCAACACCACCGCCACAUCAGCCGAACAAGACGACGAAAUCUCCCUCAUUUUCUCGGACUGCGAAAACCUAUGGAAUUUCGCGAAACUGAGGAAAACAGUUACUUCAGUUUCGCGAAAUUCCGAUGAAAUCACUGAAGAUCACCGCGGAUCUUCAGCUGAUGACAGCAAGAAGAGGAAGAGAGAGGCGCCGAUCGAAUCAGCGAAUCUCGAUUUCCGGUCGAGAUUCUCCGAUCACGGCGGCGGUUUCCGGCGAAAACCGAAAAAGGCGAGAUCAGAAAAUCCGGUUCGGGUUCCGAUUCCGUCAUCGACGAGCAUCAAUUUCCAGUCGUCGGGCGACGAGGCGGACGCGGAGGCGAUCGCGCAGGUGAAGGAGCUGAUCUACCGCGCGGCGGCGCUGAGGCCGGUGAGCUUCGGCGAGGAGGAGGCGGCGGAGAGGCCGAGGAGGAGGAACGUGCGGGUUUCGAGCGAUCCGCAGACGGUGGCGGCGCGGCAGAGGAGAGAGAGGAUCAGCGAGAGGAUCAGGGCUUUGCAGAAGCUGGUCCCCGGCGGCCGGAAAAUGGACACGGCGUCGAUGCUCGAUGAAGCGGCGAAUUAUCUCAAAUUCCUCAGAUCGCAGGUCAGAGCUCUCGAAGCGUUGGGGAAGAAGAGUCUGAUUGAUCCGACGACGGUCCAUAAUUUUCCCGCCAAUUUUGCAUUUUCGCCGUUGCCAAGCUACUCGUUCGCAAUGCAGCAGCAGCAGCCCCGGUUCUCGUCAUUUUAGCGUUUUGACGAAAACGUCGUAUGGUUAAUUGUAAAAAGUUUUAAAUUUUGAAUUAAAAAUGU